AUAACGUUGUUGUCCAGAGUCGCGUCUCUUCCACACAAAUCGAAUCAAUAUCACGUUUUUACUUUAAUUAUUAAUAUAAAAACAAAAAGAAUAGAAUUUCGAACUUGAAAACCGGUUCUCGACCGAAUACCUAGUGCAGGGGAGACAAUCGUUAUUCAACCCUCAACCGAGUCAGGGUGUAGUUGAAAAUAAAAUAAAAUACAACACAAGAAUUUGUCGAGUUUAGUUAUUUUAAAGUUUAUUUUUAAACGGCGUUCCUUGCCUCUCGAGUGGGAAAAGUGUGAGAGUGAGUGAAGUGUUUAUUUAAAUAUAGUAAAAGUGGAGGCUGUUAUCAACAUAGGGUCAAGAACGGAUGGCGGGUCGGGUGAUGGGGGGUUGGCAAACCUAGCAGCUCGCACCCUAGACUUGGCGCCGGCCAAUCAAACAGCAAAUGAACCAACGACCUCUGUGCAAACACAAGGACAUGAAGAUGGGAUGGAUGAAAGGAAGACCUUGCCUGUUUUUUUCAACCCCGGGCGAGAGGAGACUUGUCGAGGAGACGACAGGCCGAUUCGGUCUGUUUGAGAUGGCGAGCGCAGCGGCUGAGAGCGGGGCGGUGAGGUUCAGCGGCCACACCCUCGACAAGGUGACAAAGGCAAAGGUGACUCUGGAAAAUUAUUACAGCAAUCUGACGAAUCAGCACAUGGAGAGGAAGCAAAGACUGGCAAAGUUGGAAGAGUCGUUGAAAGAAGAGGGCUUAUCUGAAAUUCAGAAACAAGAAAAAAGAAACCAGCAUGCCCAAAAAGAGACGGAAUUUUUACGACUUAAAAGAUCUCGGCUCGGUGUCGAAGAUUUUGAGCCUCUCAAAGUCAUCGGAAGAGGAGCUUUUGGAGAGGUUCGACUUGUACAGAAAAAAGACACUGGUCAUGUAUACGCUAUGAAGAUUCUAAGGAAGGCGGACAUGCUUGAGAAGGAGCAGGUGGCACACGUACGAGCGGAGAGGGACGUCCUUGUCGAAGCCGAUCACCAAUGGGUUGUCAAGAUGUACUACAGUUUCCAAGAUCCGAUUAACCUCUACCUCAUCAUGGAAUUCCUACCUGGGGGCGAUAUGAUGACACUCCUUAUGAAAAAGGACACGCUUUCGGAAGAGUGCACUCAGUUCUACAUCGCUGAAACUGCUCUUGCAAUAGACUCAAUUCAUAAAUUAGGAUUUAUUCAUAGGGAUAUCAAACCUGAUAACCUCCUUUUGGAUGCUCGAGGACAUAUCAAGCUCUCUGACUUCGGCCUGUGUACAGGGCUUAAGAAAUCACACAGAACAGACUUUUAUAGAGAUCUCAGUCAAGCCAAACCUUCAGAUUUUAUUAAAACUUGGACAGCUUCCAAUCCGAUGGAUUCAAAAAGGCGAGCGGAAUCCUGGAAGAAAAACCGAAGAGCUUUGGCUUACAGUACAGUUGGCACACCUGAUUACAUCGCACCGGAAGUUUUUCUCCAGACCGGAUAUGGUACAUCUUGUGAUUGGUGGAGCCUGGGAGUCAUCAUGUAUGAAAUGCUUAUAGGCUACCCACCAUUCUGUUCGGAGAACCCGCAGGAAACUUACAGGAAGGUUAUGGCAUGGAGGGAGACUCUGACUUUCCCGCCUGAAGUGCCCAUAUCGGAGGAGGCGAAGGAUACCGUGAUGAGGUUCUGCGCCGAAUCGGAGUCUAGGCUCGGCUCGUCUAGAGGCGUCGACGAGCUACGACUGGUCCCAUUCUUCAGAGGGGUCGACUGGGACCAUAUGAGAGACCGUCCAGCCGCCAUACCAGUCGACGUUAAAUCUAUCGAUGACACUAGUAACUUUGACGACUUCCCCGAUGUCAAACUUGAAAUACCAUCAGCCCCAGUGCCUCAAGAUGGCGAAGUCAUUUACAAAGAUUGGGUGUUCAUUAAUUAUACAUUUAAAAGGUUCGAAGGCCUAACGCAAAGAGGGACUCCUGCGAAGAAAUGAGCCCAACCUACGGCUGUACCACUUAAUACGAAGUUCUGAGAGAGGCCGAGAAAGUCAAAUAGUUAUUUGGGGAACGUUUUUAGGGUUUCGUUGUACAUUCAGGGAUAUUUAUUUGCUUAGAAUUCUGUGUCUUUCACGUUUAUAGUACAUUUAGCUAAGACACAUUCUGUAUAUAUUAAUGGUCUCACAGUUGCAUAUUAUUUCCAUCAUUGUUCACUUAUGUUGUUGUCAAUUUUUACAUAAUUUUAUAUGGUAUAGACAAAAUAGGCAUCUCUACGGUGCCUAUUUUUAUUUGAAAACUAUUUCUUUUUUUUUUUUCUUUUUUGUGUGUAUAAUUGAAAAUAAUUGUUUUGUAUAGUUUGGAUAUAUGCUCUCCUACGUCCCUGCGGUCUGGGACAAAUAUACAUAGUAUUAAGUCAAACCAAAGGUAAUUUCCUCUAGAGAGGCCACUUUUGUUUACAUUUUCAGUACGGCUUUUUAUUAGUAGCACUAUUUAUUAAUUUGUAGACGUGACGAGCGAGAUAGUGUUUUUUUCUUUUUUUGUUAACUUUUUUUUAGUGAUAUGACAAAGAAGUUUCAAGAAAACAUCAAUUAUGUGAUAUGUGUUAUUGGGAUAUCGUGCAGUGGAAUUUAAAACAUUUUUGAAACAGUCAAUGUGUGAAUUAUUUUUUUUUUAAUUUAAUUUAAUUUUUUUAAUAAAGGAAAUAAUACAUUGAAAUUGAUUGAGGAAUGCUAGGUAGCUUUAAAGUCAAUCGCUUUACCUGGUAGGAUACUAAAGAUCAUUGCUUGCACUGUUAUUUGAGGGGAGAGUACCUUUACAUUCGUGUACAAUUUUGUAGUUUAUAAAUAUAUACAUAUAUAUAUUUGAA